CAGUAUCAAUCACGACACUUUAAACAAGUUCGUAUGUACACACAAACGACCUGGGUUGUUAUGGACUUGAGCCAUAUCUGUAAAACAGACUGGAUGUGACCCCGUGACCCCUGGUUGCCAGGGAGAGAGCAGUGGGGCCAUGGCUGUUGGGGCUACUGUCGGGGAGAGCCAACUCCAGAGGAUUAUCCGAGAUCUGCAUGAGGCUGUUGCAGAGCUUGCAAGGGAGUACAGGGAAAGUGGGGAGCCAAUCACUGAUGACAGUACCAACCUGCACAAAUUCUCCUACAAACUGGAGUACCUGCUCCAGUUUGACCAGAAGGAGAAGACCACAUUUCUUGGUACAAAGAAGGAUUAUUGGGAUUACUUCAAUGACUGUUUGGCUAAGAUCAAAGGAGCCAAUGAUGGGAUCCGCUUUGUCAAAUCCAUCGCUGAGCUGAAAACAUCUCUGGGGAAAGGGCGAGCGUUUAUCCGUUACUCCCUGGUACAUCAGCGUUUGGCUGACACCCUGCAGCAGUGCCUGAUGAACCAGAGAGUCACCAGUGACUGGUACUAUGCAAGAAGCCCCUUCUUGAAGCCCCACCUUAGUGUUGACAUAAUCAGUCACCUGUAUGAACUCAAUGAGGUCCAGUUUGAUGUGGCUUCCAGAGGACAUGAUCUUGAUGCCUCCUGGCCUACUUUUGCAAGAAGGACACUGGGAAGUGCAAACUCACCUGGCCACAUGUGGAAACCACCCAGUCGCAGUUCCAGUAUUAACAGUCUUGCCAGCACCUACUCCCAGCAAGCACCUGAGUUUCCAUCUAGCCCUGACUAUGGUCAGGGUCUGCUGAAUGACCUAAAUGAGUCUCUGCCUGCCUGCACUGAAGAUACCAGCACAGUUGAAGACCUUCGCUUGGAGCUGGACCAGUCAGAGUUAAAGCAGCGAGAGCUCCUAGAUAAGUUGCAGCAGCUGGGCGAGGAGGCUACUGAGCUCAGGGGGGUAGUUGAGGCGCUCCAGAGGCAGCUGGAUGUUUCCCUUGCUGCCCAAGAGCAGCAGCAGGGCUUGCAGGGAGAACUCAAGGCUCUACAGAGAAGCGAGGAGGUUCUUUCUAGAGAGGUGGAAGCACUCAGAAAUGGGGAAAAAGCCAGGGAGGCUGAACAACAACUGCUUCAGGAAAAACUGGCAGCUGCUGAGGGAAAAAACAUAGAGCUUCUGGCCAAGUUGGAUGGGGUUCUGAAUGAGAAAGGCCAGCAGGCAGCCAGUUACUUUGAUUCAGCUCAAAAGAUACACGAGUUGCUGGACAGAUUGAAAGAAGCAGAGAAAGGGAAGAUGGAAGCUGUAGCUGAGGUAGAGGAAAAGAAGAGACAAGCAGAGAGGCUAGAGGAGGAGUUGAGAGUCAAAGAGGCAGCUGCAAAGGAUGGUGAAACACAACUCGGAGCAUUAGUUGCAUCUGCGUCUGAGGAGAAGACCAAGUUGGAGGCGAAAGUGGAGGAACAGUGCAGUGCCCUUGAUAAGCUGCAGGGGGCCUUGACAGUGAGAGAAAAGGAGGCAAGCAAUCUACAAAUGCAGCUGCAGGACCUCCAAAAAUCUCUAGAGGAGAAGGAGAAAGAGUUGGAGGAGGUGAAGAGCAGGGCCAGCCAAGAUAAAGAUGAAAUGCAGAAGAAUGUUGGUGGCUUAAAAGAGUCUUUAGAAACAGAAGUCACUGCUCUUAAGGAGCAGCUAAAAAGGAAAGAGACAGAGCUUACCUCAAGCUGUAAGACACUACAAAAGCUAGAAGCCAAGAACCAAAGCCUGACCAAACAGACAGAAAAACUGACCACUAACCUUGUUGAGCUGGAGGGUAACGUCAAAGAACAAGCCACAAAGAUAGAAGACUACAAGACGCAGUGUGGCAAUCUAAUGGACCUAAAUGAGAAACUGCUGACUACGGUGAAGAAAAAUAAGGAGCUGAAGAAGGAGAUGGCAGACAACAGAGCGCUUCUUGAAGCUGAAUUAGCAGCUCUACGGGCUUCUGAGAAACAGCUUCGAGGACAGCUCGAUGAUACCAAGAUGACAGUGGAUGAAAAAGAGAAGCACCUGCGUGAGGAGAACCGCAAGCUGGAUGAGAGUCUGCAGCGAGCCACCAUGGCUGCACAGCUGUCAGAAGCCACAUCAAAGCGGCUGGAGCAAGAGAACCAGAGUUUGAGAGAGGAGCAGGACACCGUGAAAGCAGCUCUCAGCCGCAUGCAAGCUGACCUGAAGAGUGUUCACGGGCAAAUCGGAGAGCUGGAGAAGAACUUAGGAGCUUCGCGCAAGAAUGAAGCAAGCCUUCAAGAACAGCUCCAAGCCAAAGAGGCCCAGUUAGACAGUAAAGAGAAGAACCUUGUUGAGCUGCAGUCCAGGUUAAACACUCUGGAGGCCAGGGAGAAGGAGCUGGAGAUUGCCAAAGCUGCUGCAGAAGCAACCUGUGCUAAACAGACAGAGGUGAUUGAAAGGGUUACGUCUCAAAAGCAGGAAAUGGAGAAAUCUCAGCUGGAGAGGAGUGCGGUCCAAGCAAAGGAGAGCCAGGAGGUGACAAGCAAACUGACUGUGGUUGAGGGCCAGUUGGAGGUGAGCAUGAAAGACGUGUCCAGACUCCAGGCAGAUAUCCUGGAUCUCAAGGUGCAGGUAAAGAGGUCUGAGGAGGAAAAGUUAAAAUCACAAGCACAGCUGGAGGUGACGGAGGCUCAAAGGGAUGAGUUCAGGACUCUGACCGAGCAGCUUAAAGCCCAGACAGAGGCACUGAAUCAGAGGCAUAUAACAGAGCUUAUGGAGUGCAAAAAGAAAGAAGAGGCGCUGAUUGAACAGCGUGACAGAGAAGUAGCUGCCCAUGCCGAAUUGGCUAUCUCUGCGGCUGCCAUCCGAGAAGAGUUGUCCACCCUCAAGGCAGAAAAUGACAGACUGGCCUCAGAGAACAGCGAGAUACGUGAGGGUCUACACAGGGCAAACACAGAGAUGGCGGAGCUGGGGAUGACCAUCUGUAAGCUAGGUGCAGAGAAGGAGGAGGCCAGAGAGCAUUGGGAAGGCGACACUGCCAGGAUCGAAGAGCUGGAGAAAGAGGUGGAGCGAAUAGUAGACAGCAUGGCAGAACUACGGCUGGAGAAUACCAAACUAAGAGAGGAGCUGACACAGAAGGAGGAACUUCCAGAGACUAUCAAGGAGCUCCAGGAGAAGCUGGAAAAGGCCAAGUCCCAAAUGAAGAAUGCUAAGGACUCCAGCCGAGAGGAGGUGGAGGCUGUCAAGUUCCAAAUGAGUUCAGAAAGCAUGAAUUAUCAGGUCCAGGUGAAGAAUGUGAAUGAGCAGCUGGACAAGGUGAAAGCCCAGCUGCAGGAGGAGCAGAAGAAUGUGUCCAGCUUGCAGGCCAAAGUGUCUGAACUAGAGGCUUUGAAUGAGCAGUAUUUGCAGCUAACUGGCGAGAAGGAUGCUCACAUCACAAAGACAGAAGCAACCAUUCGUGAGGGUGAGAGCGAGAUUCAGCAACUGAGAGAUGCCGUAACCAGUGCUGAAGAAGCACACGUGGCUAUGCAGAAGGUCAGCGAGGAAUUGGAGCAGAAACUCAAGACAGCAGAAGCUGACAAACAAAGUCAGUGCCUGAAGAUGACUGCAGAGAUCGAUGACCUCAACAGAACCAAGACAAACCUUGAAGAGCGGCUCAUCGAGCUUAUAAGGGACAAAGAUACUCUGUGGCAGAAGUCAGACGCUCUAGAGUUUGAGCAGAAACUGCGAGCAGAGGAGCGCUGGUGGUUAGUGGAGGCCACUAACUGCCUCGGAUGCCAGGGCCAGUUCACCUGGUUUCUGCGCAAACAUCACUGCAGGCUCUGUGGUCGCAUCUUCUGCUACUACUGCAGCAACAACUUUGUGAUGACCAAGCAUAGUGGGAAGAAGGAGCGCUGCUGCAGGGACUGUUACACCCAACACAGUGCAGUGGUGGAAAGGUUCACAGUGGGAGAGCUGAGUCCUUCAGACAUUCAGCCUCCUCCACCUGGAGUUGGACCUCAGCCACCUUCUGAACCAGCCCCAUACAAACCCACUCCCAGGGUAACAGUUUCAGACCCCAGCAACAGAUCGGAUGAUGGAGCUUAUGACAUAAUCACAGAAGAGGAAGUUAAUGGCGUCUAUGACAGUGAUACCACCUCCCAGACCACAGGAGGCUCCUUUGAGGGAGAGCAAGACAGACGGCCUCCAGGAGCACUGGAUAUAGGCACAGGAGAUGUGACCCCCGAUGACCCUGAAGAACAUGUUCCCACUGUUCAGGAUUCAGAAAUCAACCUUCUCAAAUCAGGAGAAGUCACGAUGGCUGUCCCUCUCAGCAUUGAUGAUAUUACUCAGUUUGGCGAUGGUUCCAGGGAACUCUUCAUCAAGUCCAGCUGUUACAGUGUGAUAACUGUUGCUGUGGGUGACUGCGGGCCAACCAUCAGCUGGAUGUUUUCCUCAGAGCCUAAGAGCAUCUCCUUUAGUGUGGUUUAUAGGGAAUCCACUGAUACUCAGGUGGAACAGUCGAAGGUCCUGAUUCCUCUGACUCGCUGCAGUUCCCAUAAAGAGACAAUUCAGGGACAGCUGAAAGUGCGACACCCCGGCCUCUACACACUCAUCUUUGACAACUCCUUCUCACGUUUUAUCUCCAAGAAGGUCUUCUACCAUCUGACAAUGGAGAAGCCCAUAAUCUAUGAUGGAAGUGACUUUCCCUGAAGCGGGAUGAUGCACACUCCCACAGAAGCAUCAGCAUGAUGUCACAAAUACAUCCUGAUGUCACUGUGGCAGCUCAAGGGAGAAGAAGAGAUUGCAGUUCAUUGACUGUUUCUUAUUCAUUUUACUUUUUUGCUCUUUUUUUUUUCCAAAAACCUGUUUUUACCCAAGUAUUUUAUGCUUUAAAAACAAUGUCUGUAUUAUUUAACUCUGUGGUGUUAAUCUUUUGAGGUGUGCUCAUGUUUUAACUGUGGCCUAAGUGAAGUUGUUGUCAACAAGAGGAAAGUGGUUUUGGAAAAGAAAGAGAAAUGUUUUUUCAUGUUUUAAAAAAAAUAUAUACCAAGUAAUAUAGAUAUCUUUAGUUCAGCUGGGGUUAAAUUGGUAAGGUGCUCAGUUAGGGUAAUGUGGAAUUUUGUUAUUUCAUCCUGUAAUUAUGGCUUUUUUGUAAUUUUGUUAUUUCAAUUUCGGUUUCGCCUCUGUUUUUUCCAAUUAUGCUGUUACGUUAGGGAAUGUGGAUCACUGCAAUAGUAGUAACACUAUCUGUACGAAAUCUGAUAAGACUGUUGGUCAGACGACAAAUAUUUAUCUGCAAAAAUUGCCUGUUAAGACCCAGGAAAUAUUUUUGAAAUUUACAAAAUCAUGCAUGGCCAGUUCAAAAUGUUUGAACUGCUGUGCAAUAUUUUAAUAAUCUAAUGGUCAAAAGAAGGAGAUGAAGUGCAGACAAGUAGUUUGCCGUGGCUUGUUUAUGAACUGACUUGUCUGAACACUAUGUUUGCACUUUGCCAGUGCAGGAAGGAAACAAAGGAGAAACUAGUAACUAGCCUAGAAAAAUACAGUUUCUGUUUUGAUUACAAAGCAUAAUGCACUUUGUGCAACUCUCAGGAGUGGGACAUAAAAUUGACCUCCAGUGGUAUCAUGUCCUGAUUUUGUAUUUUUGAAAACUAAAAA